ACUAAAAGCCAAAAUGGCUGCCCCGAGGAGGCCCGCACCGCGUAGCCAGUGAAGGUUGGGGAGCAAGCUUAUGCGGGAAAGAGGGAGGGGGACUCCAGGAAAAGCCGUUGAGAGGACCAUCACAACCUGAGCAGCACAGGUUCCAGUUACAGCCAUCCCUUGUCAUAACUUUUGAACUGUAUUUGGAAAAAUACUGGCCAGGAAAGAAAAAUGAUAAAAUUUUUCCUCAUGGUGAAUAAACAAGGGCAGACUCGACUUUCUAAGUACUAUGAACAUGUGGAUAUUAAUAAGCGUACACUUCUGGAAACAGAAGUCAUAAAGAGCUGUCUCUCUCGAUCCAAUGAACAAUGCUCUUUCAUUGAAUAUAAGGAUUUUAAGCUGAUAUAUCGGCAGUAUGCAGCUCUCUUCAUUGUGGUUGGAGUUAAUGACACUGAGAACGAGAUGGCUAUUUAUGAAUUCAUUCAUAACUUUGUGGAAGUUUUAGAUGAGUAUUUCAGCCGAGUGAGUGAAUUAGAUAUAAUGUUUAAUUUGGAUAAAGUACACAUCAUUUUGGAUGAGAUGGUGUUAAAUGGCUGCAUUGUGGAAACUAACAGGGCAAGAAUUCUUGCCCCUCUACUAAUUCUUGAUAAGAUGUCAGAAAGCUGAAAGGAAGUCUCUUCGAGACAAUAUGGAUUUAUCAGAAAUGCGAGUACCGUGGAAUACAUCUCAACAUCUGUUAACCCAGAAGAAUCUGGAAGACCACAAUUACAAAAUGGGGUAUCCUUCCAAAGACAUUAUAAAUAGGCAUUUUCCACAGUUCCUAAAAAGAAAACAAAACUGUACUUUAAAAUAUGUACAAAGAAAAAAAUUUCUUUAAACUGAGAGAGAAGUUUUAUUUUCUAAUUGUAAACAUAUCUGUCGCACUUUAAAUUCUGUUGAGCACCUAAGGAACCCUUCUUGGUCUAUGCUUUUGCAAAUUGAAUUCAGGAAUAGCAGGAUGGUAGUGGGAAGAAAGUAUGGCAGUUUUCCGUUAGCCAAUAAAGUUUUAAAAUUUAAACACAAGGCAUUUUGAGUAACGCUGUUUUCUGAAGGCUAUUUUUUUUUUUUUUUUUUUUUUUGAGACGGAGUCUAGUCUAGCUGUGUCACCUGGCACAUUCUCGGCUCACUGCAACCUCCACUUCCGGGGUUCAAGCGAUUCUCCUGCCUCAGCCUCCGAGCUGGGGCUACAGGCAUGCGCCACCACACCUGGCUAAUUUUUGUAUUUUUAGUAGAGACAGGGUUUCACCAUGUUGGCCAGGCUGUCUCAAACUCCUGACCUCAGGUGAUCUGCCUGCCUCAGCCUCCCAGAACGCUGGGAUUACAGAUGAGCCACAGUGCCUGACUUCUGAAGGCUGUCUUAUUCCUUUAAAAGGCUUAGUAAAAUUAACUUUUUAAGAGGUGUUUUUUUGUUUGUUUGUUUGUUUGUUUUUUAAGACGGAGUCUUGCUCUGUCACCCAGGCUGGAGUGCAGUGGUGUGAUCUCAGCUCACUGCAACCUCCACCUCUGGGUUUAAGCAAUUCUCCUGCCUCAGCCUCCUGAGUAGCUGCGACUACAGGCAUGUAGUCCCCAGGAGACUGAGCUGUGAUUACAGAUGUGAGCCACCGUGCCCUGCCCGAUUUUAUGUAAAGCCCAGCUAAUUUUUGUAUUUUUAGUAGAGAUAGGGUUUCACCAUGUUGGCCAGGCUGUUCUUGAACUCCUUACCUCAAGUGAUCCACCCGCUUCAGCCUCCCAACGUGCUGGGAUUACAAGCAUGAGCCACCAUGCCCAGCCAAGGGGUGUUUUUUGUUUGUUUGUUUUUAAGAGAAGCAGGUCUUGCUGUGUUGUCCAGGCUGGACUGCAGUGGCUUUUCACAAGCAUGAUCAUGUUGUACUACAACCUUGAACCUUCCUGGCCUGGCUCUAAAAGCUUUGUAAUGUGGGGCUGGUGCAGUGCCUCACACCUGUAACCCCUGCAAUUUGGGAGGCUGAGGAAGGAGGAUCGCUUGAGGCCAGAAAUUCAAGACCAGCCUGGGCAACACAGACCUCAUCUCUACAAAAAAUGCAAAAAUCAGCCGGGUGUGGUGGCACAUACCUGUAGUCUCAACUACUUGGGAGUCUGAGGCAGAAGAUUUCUUGAGCCCAGGAGUUCGAGUCUGCAGUGAGCUAUGAUCGUGUCACCGCACUCCAGCCUGGGUGACAGAGUGAAACCCUGUCUCAAAAAUAAAAAAGUCCGAGUGCGGUGGCUCAGGCCUGUAAUCCCAACAUUUUGGGGGGCCAAGCCAGGAGGAUUGGUUGAGCCCAUUAGUUCAAGACCAGCCUGGGCAACACAGCAAGACCAUAUCUCUACAAAAAAAAAAAAAAAACAGCCAGGUGCGAUGGCUCAUGCCUGUAAUCCUAGCACUUUGGGAGGCCGAGGCAGGCAGAUCACUUGAGGUCAGGAGUUUGAAACCAGCCUGGCCAACAUGGCAAAACCUUGUCUCUACUAAAAAUACAAAAAGUUAGCCAGGCAUGGUGGCAAGCACCUCUAAUCUCAGCUACUCAGGAGGCUGAGGCAGUAGAAUUGCUUGAACCCAGGAGGCAGAGGUUGCAGUGAGCCGAAAUCAUGCCACUGCACUCCAGCCUGGGCGACAGAGUGAGACCCUGUCUCUAAAAAUAAGUAAAUAACUAAUUAAAAAGUUAGCCAGCUGUGGUGGUGAGCACCUGUACUCCUAACUACUCAAGAGGCUGAGGUGGGAGAAUUGAUCAAGCCUAGGAGUUUGAGGCUGCAGUGAACUAUGAUCACAACACUGUACUCCAACCUGGGUAAUGGAGUGAGGCCCUGCCUCAAAAACACAAAAACAAAACAAAACAAAAAAACUUUUAUAACAUGUACCUAACAAAGAUGCAGAGUUAAAUUUUAUUUGCCAGUUUGUAAAAGCCUUUGAUACUCAUUUUAAGGGCACUUAGUAAUUACAAUGCCAUUAUGUAAUUAACUCUAUAGAGAACAUUACUUUCAAAUAAUGGAUGGUCAGACAUUAAGACAGCCCCAGAGAGCCCCUACAGCUAUCCUUUAUCCCCUUUUUUGUUUGUUUUUUGGAGACAGCAUCUCCGUCUCCUAGGCUGGAGUGCAAUGGUGUGAUCAUGCCUCACUACAGCCUGUACCUCCUGGGCUCAGGUGAUCCUCCCACCUCAGCCUCCUGAGUAACUGGGACCACAGGUGCGCACCCCCUCCACCCAGCUAAUUUUUGUAUUUUGUUGUAGAGAUAGGGUUUCACUAUGUUGCCCAGACUGGUCUCGAAUUCCUGCAGUCACAUGAUCCAUCUGUCUUCGCCUCCCAAAGUGUUGGGAUUACAGGCCUGAGCCACUGUGCCCAGUCUUUUUAUGCCACAUUUUAAAAGGUUUGCUUAUUAAUAAGCUUACUGUUAAUGAAAUUUAGUUCAAAGUUUAAAAGUAGAAUGCAGCCAGGCAUGGUGGCUUACGCCUAUAAUCCCAGCACUUUGGGACGCCAAGGUGGGUAGAUCAUUUGAGGUCAGGAGUUCAAGACCAGCUUGGCCAACAUGGUGAGACCCUGUCUCUACUAAAACUACGAAAAAUUAGCCAGGCAUGGUGGCACGUGCCUAUAAUCCCAACUACUUGGGAGGCUGUGGUAGGAGGAUCACUUGAACCCAGGAGACAGAGGUUGCAGUGAGUUGAGAUCGAGAUUGUGCCACUGCACUCCAGCCUGGGCACAGAGUGAGAUUCUGUCUCAAAAAAAAAAAAAAAAAGUAGAAAGCAAGAAAAUGUCUCUGUACAGGUAGGCAUGAAAUGAAUCCUUCUCUUCCUCCCUUUUACUCCUUUAACCCCUUCUGCAAUGUCUUGAAGUAAAUUACUAUCAUUACAGAAGAGCAGUGCACUGCAUCCCCCCAAAACCUUUCUAUAUGCUUUUGCUACCCCGUUAACAGAAGAAUAUACAGAACUUAGGCGAAAGUAUGUACAGUAGUCCCUCUCUUAUCCACUGUUUCGCAUUCUGUGGUUUGUGUUACUCAUGGUCAACUGAGGUCCCAAAAUAUUAAAUAGAAAAUUCCAGAAAUAAACAAUGUAUAAGUUUUAAACUGCA